AUGUCUUACAACCAAGUUUUCAAAAGUUCAUUUAUCAAGAACAUUAUCAAAAACAGGAAAACCUUAUCCGUCAAGUACGCGACCAAAACUUCAGCCUGGAGGCGCACCCAGCUAGGGAAGAGCAUUCAGGAGAAUUUCAGCCAGGCAAUAGAGAAGAGUGAUGUGCCUGCCAAUGCUGCCAAGGCUAUCUUAGCAACACUCAAGUGA